AUGGCAACAGAUCAACCAAACAUGCACGGUGAUGCAGCAAGCUUUUUGACUCAGCUUGAUAGAGCCUUGAUGGAUCAUCACGCCGUAAAACCAGAUGUACAAUGCAGACAUGAGGGAAUUUCAUCAUGGGGUAAUCUAGAACAGCGCAUAAUGGAGGAACAACAAAAUAAUUUACAGAAAAGUAGUGGCAAGGUUGCCAUUGAAGAGGCGGGCAAGCUGCAGUUUAGUGUAAAUUUGGUAGAUGCGGUGCUUUACCAUCUGGAUAUUCUCAGCAGAGUCGACCAGUACCCCUGUCUGCGCCAGGGAAAACAUCUUGACGAAGCUUUGCGUAGAUACGAGAAAUUAUGGCUUCCGUUGGUAGCAGAGCAUAAAGACAAAUUAUUAGCGGCACCGUUAGACAUUGAAUGGGUUUGGCACUGUCACAUACUGUCUCCUUUGGCCUACAAACGCGAUUGCGAUAUGUAUGUUGGGGAAAUCGUAAACCAUCACCUUCUGAGUAGAGAGGACCGAAAAAAAGCCAAAGAAGUAUCCAGAGAGUUAUGGCAGGAAAAAUACGGAGAGAAAGAGCCGUUCCAAAUCCAUCUUCCCGUUGGAAAAGAACUGCAGGAAGAUGAUACCAUUGACGAUGGUAGGAAAUUCACGCCACAACUUAAGUACGACAUCAGAGCUGCUGUUGGACGUCAGUAUCUUUUCUACUACAACGUGUCACUUCCGCACUACCGGGACCGCCAAUUCAUCGCCAGGUGCGUGCUCCGCUACCAACAGUUCCUUUACAUGAUGAAAAAGCACCGAAAGACGUUUUUGGUACCAUGCUAUGACAACGAUCUAGUUUGGCACACACAUCAACUUUUUCCUUUGACGUACCGACAAGAUACGGAACGCAUUUUGGGUCGAGUAUUGAAUCAUGACGAUUCUACUGAUGACAGGUCUCCUGGUUCGGUGUUGACCACCUCGUACGCGAACACGUGUAAGUUGUGGAAGGAGACAUUCGGGGAAAACUACAGUUCUCCGGGAGCAAUGUACAGGGGACCAUCUUCCAGAGGCACCAUGUCCGACUUUACCAUAGACACUUCAGACGUCGACGCAGAAGAUCCUCCGAUUUCUGUUUCAAUACAUUGUGUAGCAUUGCAAACAAACCCGGCGGGCUACAAGGCCAAGUUUUCUGUGCUGCUUUAUCGGGUAAUUGCAGGAACUUCUGAAAGGAAGUUAAUUGUAGAACUCAAAGGACCUUAUUUAGUAUGGGCGGAGGAGUAUUUGAAAAAGGCGACAUUUAAUAUGCAGAGAGGUGAUGCGUUAGAUGUCGUUAUGGUUAGGAAAUCUGGUUUAUUAGGACGAAAGGCGGAAGUGACAUGUGUGACGAUUGAAAGUGCAGCAAUAUUCAAACAUUUGGUAUACAGAUACCAAUCAAACUUCUCUAAAGAGAUCCCUUUUCAGUCUGAGGAGAGUGAAAAUAAACUGUAUGUUGAUGGAGGUGUUAAAGCGAUUACCGUAACACAGGACUUUUCGCUGGAGGUUGGCGAGUUCGGCGAAUAUAAAGAGCCCGCUAAUUUUGACCUCCAGGAACCUUUACAGAAGUGGAAGGAGGGAGCUGAUAAAUGUUGUGCCAGCAGCAUAGCGACACACAGACUGUUGGAUCUCUCGGGUCAAGCUAUAUUUAAGGUGCGUGUGAAUCACAACGUCAACCAUAUCCGCUCUUCCGUUCAAGUUUAUGACAGGGAAAAUCGGUUAGUGACCCUGGCAAAUAGUAUUGACUCGACUCAUUUGCCACUUCCGGGACAGGUAUCUAACAUAGGACGUGACGUAUGCUUGUCACCAGUCAGCGGCGAGCGUGCAUUCUUAAUCAAAGAUAACAAGGGCGACUGGGGUGUGAUUGGAGGAAGAUGGGUCCCUGGUCAAGACAAAGGGGAAGGUUCUCUGACAUUCCGAAUCUACCUUUGUAGAGAGGAACGAUGUCUUUACUCGUCACUUCCUGGAGAAUUUCGAAGUCUCGACCUACUUGUAGGUAAUUCUUCAUUAAAUUUCAAAACUGGGCGUGUGACAGCAGACUUUUCUUCUGAAGUACCACAGCUGUUAGCCGCGUUAUUUGUGCUGGGUACCUUGACAACCCUGUGUGUACCUCGUCCUGAUCAGUGGACCCCUGGUCAACAUGUAGCUACUGGAGCCACCAACCAUCUCUAUCUUAACUCCUCGGCUGUCGGACAGGCAUGUGGACUUCAGGUGCAGACACCCUCAAACGCCUACCUUUCCAGCAAGAGAGCGAAACAGAAGUAA